AUCAAAAUUUAAGUUGGCUAUUAAUCUUUUGAUAUGAGCUUUUAGACAAGUAAAACAUGCUUUUGUAUGUAGUGCCCUUUCUCUAUGCAGGAAACUGAAAUUAAACUGAUAUGACAGUGAAGUAAAUUUGGAUCUAUAACAUUUCUUGCCAUUUAAAAAACCCUAAAAUGCACUAUAUCUUUAUUUUUGAUGAACCAUGUUGGAUCCUUCUUCUUCUCAGUGCAGUGGGCCAACAGACAGGACUGAAUGUGGUUCAGGCCACAGUAUGCUCCCACUGGGGUGCACCGACUGAUAAGAGUCUAAUCCAGGAUGGAGAUUUGAUUAUCGGUGGACUUUUUAACCUGUAUCACAUACCUUCAACUGUAGAUGAGGACUACACAAAGAAACCACAUUAUGAACCUUGUACUGGCUUAGAACUGGAGCCGUUAAAAUACUCUUAUGCUAUGGUGUUUGCUGUGGAGGAAAUCAAUCGAAACAACACCCUGCUACCAGGAGUGAAGCUGGGUUACCAUAUACUUGAUAGCUGUUCCCUGUACCCGUGGGCUCUGCAAGGUGCAAUGUCAUUGGUUGGAGGAGACACACACAGCUGCAACUUGACAGCCUUUGUAGGUCCUAUUGAAUCUGAUGAGCAACCUGUAGUGAGAGCAGGUACGUGA